AUGGACCCAUUAUCUAUUACAGCUGGUACUGUUGGCAUUGCGGACGUCUGUUGGCGCGUUAUCAAAUAUCUCAAAGAUCUCUCUGCCGCCGUUGCUGGCAUCCAGAAAGAAAUCAAUAGCUUGAUCGCAGAGGUUGAGUCCCUACAAACGGUUAUUCGGUCUGUCGAAGAAGCAUUUCAGGGAAGCUUCGCUAAAUCAUCCAGUGAAUCACCACUGAGAGCGGCAAACCUCCAGAACCUUUGGAGGGAUUUUAGAAGGAGUCUCGAAGGAUGUCAAAGCCUUGCAACAGAUCUCGAACGUCUUGUUCAAGAAAUAUACGGCAAAAAUGGCUCCAAAGUCACUGGCAAGUUUGAUGGGCUGAGCAAAGAGAACCGCAGACGGGACAAGGCUGCCAGCUUGCAGAGAGUCCGUGAAAAGCUCACGACUGAGAAAGACAAUCUCCAGAUUCUGCUUACUGGAAUCAGCUUGUAUAAUCAACAUGUCUCGCAAGAUACCCUGGUGCAAAUGUCCGAAGACUUACGGUCUCUAGACCAAGACUUCAAGUCACAAAUAAUGUCCCUGGAGAGAAGAAUCCAGCUGUCCAAUGGUAUCGGUACGGAGCCAGACCAGGACGACAUAUCUACACUGUCCAGAAUCAAGCAGUUCCGCAAUUCGGUUCGAUCUGUCGCUGCUGCGGUUUCGAUUACCACUCCAAAUAAGUUUUUUGACGUUCCGCAGCCAGUGAGCAGCUUCUACACCGGCCGAACGAUGUACUUAGAGAAACUUCAAAAUAUACUUUUCUCGCCGGUAACCUUAGAGUUGGCACCCAAGCAGCUUCGAUUUGUUAUAUACGGCAUUGGUGGUUCAGGGAAAACACAGUUCUGUUCAAAGUUUGCGGAACAGAAUCGAGACUGCUUCUGGGGAGUUUUUUGGAUUGAUGCUAGCUCUCAUGAACGAAUCAAACAGACUUAUGCUGAAAUCAGCAAGCUUGGUGAUGUUGAACCAAACCAUAAUGCUGCGAUGCACUGGCUCUCGAACCGCGAAGAACGGUGGCUCUUAAUUAUGGAUAAUGCUGAUGAUCCCCACAUUGAGUUGUAUGAGUAUUUCCCUAAAGGAGAUAGGGGUUGUAUCAUCAUUACAACACGAAAUCCUGCACAUAAGGUGUAUGGCAAUAUGGAUCCUGGCUUCUUCGAGUUUCAUGGCAUGGAGGAUGAUGAUGCACGAGCUCUUCUCCUACGAGCUGCUCGAUUAUCCGAACCUUGGGAUGCUGAUUCCUCAUCCUGGGCAGUUAAAAUCACUCGGCAACUUGGAUUCCUCGCACUCGCUCUAAUCCAUGCUGGUGCUGCAAUACGAAAUGGCCUAUGCACCCUGAAAGACUAUCUUGCCUUCUACGAUAAGAAUUGGGAACGUAUUCGCCGUACCCGCAGGCUAUCCAUCGACUCUGAAGAUCGACGAGAUGACUACAUGAGUGCCCAUGCGACGUAUGAAGUCUCUUAUAGUGGAAUCGCAAGGAAAGGAACUGAGUGUGCAGAAGAUGCCAUCCAAUUACUCAAGAUCUUUUCCUUUUUCUACUUUAAGAACAUUCGAUUUGACAUCCUGAAGAAGGCGGUAGUCAACUGUGAGAUCGAGAGGGUGGAGCAAGCAAAAAGGGACAGACAGGAGGCAGAAAGAUCACUAACUUGGUAUCAAAAGUACAAGUCAACACAGCUUGCUAUAUUGAGUUAUUUGAUGCAAGAUCGAAGCCCGCCUGCGUUACCUUCUUCCAUUCGAGAAGGUAGAGCUUCCGGGUUUUUUGAUGAGGUACGAAUGCGCUACGCGCUAAGAGAACUCUUACAAAUGUCCUUGAUUACCCACCAUGAGUCUAGUGACAGUUAUUCGAUGCAUCCCUUGGUCCAUAAGUGGGCACGGGAAAGGCCAGAUAUGAGCGCAUCAGAACAGGCUGUUUGGUCACAAGCUGCAGCUACAACACUUGCACACUCCAUUCUUCUUCCACCUCUUGGAGAAACGGAAGACGACGAAAUCUUUCGCCGAGAUGUCCUCCCUCAUAUUGACCACGUACAGAAAUGUCUACAGGGAGUAAAUGACAAAAUAAUUGGUAACAGAAAAACUCGUUGGUACGGGUUGAUGGAUUGGCCAGGCGCCGGAUCGAGGUUUGGCAGAGCUAAGGCAGUGUUGUAUGCAAAAUUCAGCAUUGUAUUUGCACAAAAUGGGCGCUGGAAAGACGCUGAAUUGCUUCAACUUGCCGUUAAACAGUUUGCAGAGAGCGCUCUUGGGUUGGACCACGCUGUCACCCGGCGCAUAACCUUAGCUUUGGCGUUAACAUACUGGAACCAGGGGCGAGGUGACGAGGCUGCAGACCUACAAGAUGCAGUUUUACAGUCUUGUAUGUCAUCUCUAGGCUCCAACAACCAUGAGACAUUGAUGGCCAUGGAUCUUCUUGGCCAAGCAAGAUGGCAACAAGGAAGAUAUAGCGAAGCAAAGAUGCUUCAACAGCACGCAGUCGACGGCAUGGUCAAAAUCCGAGGUUCUCACCAUGAAGAUACCCUUACUGUUAUGGGAAACUUGGGUCGAACCCUUACGAAAUUCUACGAAAACUUGGAUGAGGCGAAGCAACUGUUGACGCAGGCCCUUGAUGGAAUGAAGGAGAUCCUUGGUCCCACUCACUUGAAAAGUUUGGCAGUGAAGGAAGAAAUAGCCAUGGUCAAUGUGCAAAUGGGAGAGCAAUUGUCUCAAUCUGCCACAAUAAUUGAGGAGGUUCUUGAAUGUCGCAAGGAGAAACUAGGGAAGGAACACCCAUACACGCUUCUCGCCAUGGUCAAUCUAGCACGAGUGAAUAUCGCGCUAGGCCUAUAUGAUGAAGCAGAGUUGCUCGUACUGAAAGGGCUAGAGGUUGCGGAUAGAAACCUUGGCCGUAAACACAUAGGAACAUUAAUGGGAAGGACAGUAUUAGGCGUCAUACUGACCUACCAGUCUCGAUUCGAUGAAGCGGAAGCCACUUUGCUUGGGGUAAUUGAAAACCUACGAAACCUCUCAUCCUACCGAGGCGAUUUCCAUCCUGAUCGACUGGGUGCGAUGAUUGAACUUGCCAAAUGCUAUAAGCUACAAGGCAGAUAUGAUGAGAGCAUUAAACUCUGCGAUGAAACCAUUACAGGACUGAGCAAGAUAAGUUUGAAGGAGCAUCCACUCGAAAAGAAAAUGAAGAGAUUGAAAGUGGAAUUAAUCGAGAUGAAGAAUAGCAACAAGGAAGGGAAGGCAAUUGGCAACUAG